AUGGGCGUCAACACCUUCACCAUGUCUGCGAAAUUCGUCCUGGCCCUGUCCUUGUCCUUCCUUGUCCUUUCUUCUCCUCAGGUGUUGGCGUCGGUCUUGGCCAGUGCUGCGUCCAACGUCUGCGCCUGGGACGGUGCGAUGCCGGUGCUGUACCACGUGUACGGCACCGACGUGUGCCCGCCCAAGUUUGUGCUCAAGAACGGCGUUGAUUGUGAGGAUUCUCCCAUCGAUGCUUACAAAUGCGCCAGCUUCUGUCAGAUGAAGACCACCUUCUACUAUGGGCCAGAGCAACCCUAUUCGGCGAUGCCCAUGUGCACUGGCGGAAUCUCUUGCACGUUGACCGAGUCCAGGCAUGUCGGCUACAAUAUCAAGGGUAAACUGAACGGCAAUUUCAAGAAGGGAGCUAUGACACUUGGCAUCGCCGGCGGCCUCAAUUACAAAAGUGGCCAAAGUGAGAGCUUCAAGUUUACCAAGAUCCUCAAGCACAAUGAAUGUGGAUAUUUCACCUUCAUCCCAAUUCAGCGGGACGUCUGUGGAACUUACUCGGAAGGAACUUAUCCAGAAAGUGGCCGGCCCUGUAUCGACACCACCACAGUCGGCAAUGCUUGCGCCGUCGACAUGGUGACAGUCGAGGAUCAUUUUUAUUGGUUCAAGCGUGUCAUCCGUGGUGUCGCGGUCUUUGUCUAUCUCGACUGCGCGACUCUCGAGCCUCUGCCGGACGAGAAUCAAGAAGCUCCCUUCAACAAGCCUGGUGUUCGUCUGCCUCGGGGCUUAGCCCUGGCAAAUGCUUACAAGAACAUGUGGAAUGCUUCGCGCUAUGGCCCCGUGGCCGCACAGUCCGAUACGGCUGUCUGCGACACCGACCAAGUCGCCAAUGCGACUGACUGUGCUGAAGUCUUGGCUGAUGUCUCUGAACGUGGAGCCGAGAUGGUUCCGGCGGGCAGCGCAUUCCAGAAUAAAGAAGUCACAAUUUCGGCCUCAGGCAACUGUGCCCUGUAUCUAACCUACGAUGAGGAUUGGACGCAUACCUUUUGUCUGGUCCCCUUGGUGGAAGUCUCGGCCGCAGCGCAGUCCCUCUACGACUCUUGUGGGGACCACAAUACUGGCAUGGUUGGAGGAAGUCAUGUUGUGAGACACGUUGGCAAUUGUGGAGCUACGGUCGCUUUUCAGCCGAAUCCUGACAAUUGA